UCGGUCGUCAUUAUGGACUCUACCAUGGGAGGCCAAACCAGGAACCACCUUCAGAUGAAAUCAUCGCCAUUGACCGAAGACUACUCGAUCAGUACCAAUGUCCUUGGUCUGGGCAUCAACGGAAAAGUGGUUGAGUGCACGGAAAAGAAAUCGGGAAACAAAUAUGCUUUGAAAGUGCUGAAGGACAACUCCAAGGCCCGAAGGGAAAUUGAUCUUCAUUGGAGAGCCAGUAACUGCAAGCACAUUGUACAGAUCAAAGAUGUCUACGAAAACACUUACAAUGGCCAAAAAUGCCUUCUGGUUGUGAUGGAAUGCAUGGAAGGAGGCGAGUUGUUCCAACGAAUCCAAGAAAAGCAAGCUUUCAAUGAAAGAGAGGCCGCCGAGCUCAUGAAGGAUAUCUGUAUUGCUGUCAAAUACCUUCAUGACCUGAAUAUCGCUCAUCGAGAUUUGAAGCCGGAAAAUCUUCUCUACUCAAGUAAAGGCAAUUUCGGGAUCUUAAAAUUGACAGACUUCGGGUUUGCCAAAGAAACUCUGAGCCGCGAUACUCUCCAGACGCCAUGUUACACACCUUACUACGUUGCUCCUGAAGUGCUUGGACCCGAGAAAUACGACAAAUGUUGCGAUAUUUGGUCGCUUGGAGUCAUUAUGUACAUUUUGCUGUGUGGCUUCCCUCCUUUCUACAGCAAUCACGGUUUAGCCAUUUCCCCUGGUAUGAAGAAGCGCAUUCGAAGUGGUCAGUAUGAGUUUCCAAAGCCAGAGUGGGCGAAUGUCUCCCAAGAUGCCAAGGAUCUCAUUCGGGGAAUGCUCAAAACGGAUCCGCAAGAGCGACUUUCUAUCGACGAGGUCAUUAAGAACAAGUGGAUUGCGCAAUACACAGCAGUUCCUCAGACUCCUUUGUUAACCUCGCAAGUGUUGAAAGAGGAAAAUGAGCAAUGGCCUGAUGUUCAACAAGAAAUGAGCUUAGCUCUCAAGGAGAUGCGGGUGGAUAACGAGUCCGGAUUCACGGUCAAGAACCCGACCACGUCGAACUCGUCCUUGGCCAAGAAGAGGAGAAACAAGCAAGACGCCAAUAUUCCUCCCAUUAAGGAGCAAAUGUCCACAGAAUAGUUCGAAGAGCUGACGACGUCGAUGUUUCAAUCUCGAAUUAAUCGAUUAUAUUAACACUUACACAUCAUCACACUGCGCAUCAUCUCUAUACCCAUACAUACAUACAUACGUGCAUACAUGACUACAUUCUAGAAGUACUUUUGAGAAGUUCUAAUCCCACUUAUGUUGGGCAUGAUGUCAAUCAACGACGACGAGCAAGAAGAAGUUGGAAUGAAAAACAUCAACGGUCAACUGGUUUGUGACGAGAGUGUCAUACUUAUAUAGAUAGAUAUAAACAAUAAUCGCAAGAAGAGGCCUGGAAUUAGUUUGUUCAAGUAUGGUCCAGUUAUUAUGAUAGAGAAUUGUGCGAAAUGUGCAUCACUUAAAACUGAGAAAUUGUGAAUUUUUCGAAGAAUAAAAAAAAAGUUCGUCUUGUACAACCAUCA